ACGUGCUAAAACCGUCUGCUAUAUUGGGGUUCGGUCAUCCGUAUAGUGGACACUGAAAGCACAAGUUAUGCGUUCUAUGACAUUUACCGGUUGUAAGCAGUAGGAUAUUCUGUUAGGUGGGACACUUUUAGCUGAUAUCCUCGGAUAAUUAAUGUGAAUAAUCUUAUUACCUUUGGAUAAUAUAUAUACUUUGGAGAAGAGAUUAUUAGCUUCAUUUCAAAAAUAUCAGGGGCAAGAACAUCUUAAGGAUGAGUAAGCUACUGAAGAAGAAAUGGGAAGAACGGGCUUAUCAACAGCACAUGCAAAAGAUACAGGCAGCCAAAGGAGGCGUGGACAGCAAACCUCCGCGGCGAUUCCCUCAUCUUCAGAUUAAGACCACGAAGAUCAAGAAAGAGGAGGAAAAGUUAGCCGAGGUGCAUUACCAGAACCAGAUUUUGGUUCAGAGGCUGACCGGGAUAAUGGGGCGCAGGGCCUCCGUUGAUUCACAGCAGGACAGCUAUGCUCGAAGUUUGAACCUUCGUAAGCGGGAGAAGGAAGCGGAGAGAAUCUACAAAUCUAACCAAGCCAUAGCUCGGAGAUUGGAGAGCAUUAAGCCUGUCAUCAAUUCAAGAGAACAAGAAGAAGACUUCAGGAAGCACAAGGAGUACAGGAAACUUAGGACAGACUCAACAAAGAUGUAUCCAGAGUACAGCAAUGAGAGAGAAGAGAGGGAUAACUUCGUGCAUGUCCGGCGAAGAAGCAGAUCACUUGAUGGGUCAGAAGACGUAUACUUUGACUAUGGAGAUGAUGAUAAUACUGGCUUGGAUGAUGAUGAUGGCGAGGGAAAGCCAAGGCAACCAGAUGAUGAUGAUGAUGAAGUCGGAGAAGAUGGGCUGAGGCCAUCUGAUUAUGCUUAUCUUUACAGCGAUGAUGACGAUGAGAUGCCAGAGGAGAAAUGGAUGAAGAAAAAGAACCAGCCCCAACCCCAAUUGAAGAAUGCCGAUGGUCAACCGGUGAAACUGCCCAAAAUUGAAAACAGAAGAGACUACUUUGGAAAUGUCCAACACCAGCAUGAAAUGGAUGCUCGAGCUUUAUUUAGGGCUUGCAAAUUCAACAGUGCGGGUAAUUUUGAAGAAACUCUCACUAAAGGCCAUGGAGCAUUAUUGAAGAGGACACCUCAGCACCGGGCGAAAAUAAAAGAGAAAUACACAGAGUUAUUUGAUCUGAGUCUUGAAGACGAGCUGAAGAAAGUCACCAAACCCACUGUGCAUCCAUUCAUCACUGCGCUGCUGACUGCCAGAGGAGGCCUUGAUGAUGCUGAAGAACUGCAGGCAGCUUUAUCAAGCGGAAGCGUCCCUCGGUUGAUCCACUUGUUCUGUAGCAGGAGCAAGUCCAGUUUGAACUCGCUGCAGAAUUCAUACAAAAGUAAAUACAAAAAGACCGUCGACACUGCCCUGACAGAAGUCAUCACAGACCCAGACGUGCAUACGCUGUUGUUAUUGUUGCUAAGGAAAGAUGGCAGACACGAUUAUCCCAGUGAUGAUGUCCUUGCAAAAACUGAUGCUAGAAAACUUUACAUGUCUGGUAAAGGCAAGUGGACAGAUGAAGAUGGUGCCUUUUUGAAAAUUGUGUCAACGAGAAGUUAUCCACAAAUUAGUGCCACCAUGACUGGAUUUAGAGGGGUUGCUGGCAGACCUCUGGGGGAAGCUGCUGAAGAAGACAUUGAGUGUUCAUCAGAGUAUUCGAAGGCUAUCAAAGCAUUUGGCAAUAUGAUGGUAGAUAAGGAGGGUGUAUCUGCGUCCCAACUUCGUCUAUCAAUGAAAAACCCAGACAAGUUCAUCAAGCUGAUGGUAGUUGUGUCUGAUGGUUCAGACCUGAGCGCAAUCAAGGAUGCAUACAAGGAGAAGUAUGGUAUUGAGUUGGAGAAUGACAUCAGGAAUAAGUACAGGGGUGAACAGCUCAAGCUACUCCUUGCUUUGUGUGAAAAGCGUCCUCCCCCAAAAGCUAAGGUAAAAACCAAGGAUGCCACCUCCUUUCCCUUGCCAGUGAAGCAAAAGAGGUUUACGACAAAUUUUAGUUCAAAGAAGGUAUUCGAGGAGCCCCAGCGAGAUAGUCCACCUUUGACUCCUUCACCUCCUCUCUCACCUAAGAAACAGACUUCACCUCUGCUGUCGCCUACAAAACUGACUGAGGAGAAGGCUAAUAAAAAGGCUGUGAGAUGGGAUGAUUCUGCAAGUGGAAGUACAGAAAGUGAGGACAGACCUGACCAGCAGGGCUCGCAACCAAUACAGAAGAUCGCAGAAGAAUCAUCCACGAAUGAUGACUGCGAGCAUCUUUAUGAAGCCAUGUGCGGUUUCGGGACAGAUGAGGAUGUCAUCACCGAUAUUCUAGCUCAGCGGACGAAUAAACAAAGACAGAAGAUUAGAGACAAAUAUGCUGACUUAUAUGACAAGAAAUUGAUCAGCGACCUGAAAUCAGAACUAAGUGGCAAUUAUGAGGAGCUGAUCCUGAGUUUAAUGAUGGCACCCACUGAGUACCUGGCACAUUCCCUCCAUCAUGACAUAUCAGAAGCCGAGAUGGAAGCAGACGCCCUCAUUAGCAUAAUACACAGCAUCGGCAGCAAGGAGAUUGAAAAUAUGAAGAAGGAGUAUAAAAGGGCUCACAACAUUGAACUGGUAGAUGACCUAAAGGAACGAGGCAAUGGUGAUUUCAAGAAUAUGAUGCUAGCAUUGUUGAAAGAUUCUUCAGCAGAUGAAUCCGGAAAAGAGAAAUUGGACAAACUCGGUGAAUCUCUGAAAGAUGCCCCCUCGCAUUUCGUGCAGUUGAUCCAGAACAGUUUUGAUGGCUUUGGAACGGAUGAACGACCUUUGAUCAGAAUCAUAGUUUCAAGAUCAGAGGUUGACCUUGGUGCAAUUAAGAAGCAAUAUAAGGAGAAAUAUGGCAAAUCUCUUGUUGAUGCUGUCAGGAGUGAGACAAGUGGGGAUUUCAAGGACUGCCUGCUGGCCAUUGUCAACAAAAGCUAGCUUCGUAAAACUUAUGAGGGACUGCCUGCUGACCAGAGAGAGCUAGCAUCGGAUAAAGAUAGCGUCUCAUCUACUUGAAACAAAUACUAGCUUUGUAUUAACAAUUAUAAGGGACUGCCUGCUGAUUAGAGAAAGCCAGCUUUAGAUCAAGGUAGUGAUCUCUAUCUGCUUGAAGUAUUUGGGCAAUACAACUCUGGUGUAAAAUUUGUGUCAGCGAACUUCAUGUCACAGUAAUAUGUGCUUGCCAGUAAAUUGCAUUAAAAACGAUAGUUACCUUAGGUUAGAUUGUCUAUACUCGCAACUUUCCAUUUUAAAAGGUCUUUAUGUAUGUUUAAAGCAGAGAUAUUCAAACCUACCUGUACAUUGCUCUUCUUUGUGUCACAUUUAUACAUCACUGAUUAUUGGAUUGUUUUUCUUCAUUGCUCACUGUUUUGGUCAUGCAAUGGCAACACGGAAGUAUCAGUUUCAAGUAUUCCUAAAUUUCUAGGAAACAGUUUGUUGAUCUUUCAUAGUAGGCCUACUUCAAGUUGGUUUGAGAUGUCAUAAUUGAUGUUCGUUGCAUGUAGUGUUAAAAUUGAUAUUCAGUGUAAAUUUACAUAAUUGAAAUAUUUCAAAUCAAAUUUUGAACAAUCGUCAUAGGUAUAAUGGGACUGUGAUAGCUUGUCUGUGAUAAUUACAAACAACAGGUUUGUUUAUUCAGUUUUGUAGGAGUUUUCAAUGCAUCACGUUUUGUUAUUUUUCCAAGAUUUGAUACUUUUGCAAUUUUGCACGUUUGCAUCAGACUCAGAGGGAUCUGCGAUCAACAUCUUGGCAUUUGACGUCACGUUUUCGCUACGUCACAGGUACCUGCGAUCAAAAUCACUUGUCUGCAGAAUACCAUGCGACAGGUGUUACGAUCAUGAUCGCAGACACAUUCGAGGAUUAUCAAUACCUAUCGACAUGAAGAUGUUCACACAAUGUAUCACUAUGUGCCAUAUAUUUUCACUGUUUGCAAUAGUCUAUGGAAACUCAGUUCAUGUUCCCAUAGCAAUUUUACUAAAGACUUUGUUUCCUUUGAAAUGUUUUCAGUUGAGAUGUUAUUUGAUUUUAGCAAUAAAUCUGUA